GUGUCGCGAGCGGGCGAGCCAGCGCUGAGGAGCCGGGCAGGAGCGGCGGGGCCCAGGCGAGAGCAGGGGGCCGGGGCCGCCCGACUGCGGAGGGAAGGGGGCCGGGCGCCUCGGUCGCUCUCCCGCCCCGCCAUGAAGCCGAGGCGCAGGUCCUGAGGGGCGAGUCCGCCCGGGCGCCGCUGCUCCCGAGGGGCGCGUCGAGCCAGCGGGAGGCAUGAGCGGGGCGCGCCGGCAGCCGCCAGUGCGCUCCCGGGCCCGCCUGACACGUGCGCUCCCGGCUGCGCCUCCGCAACGCCUGGCUCGGGAGCUGCCCGGCGCAGUGUGAAGCCGGAGCGCGGACGGGCAGGUUCUCCUCUGGCCGCAGCCGACUGAGCCGCCUCCACUUCGCUUUGGCCCGCGCCGGGACCCAUGGAGAGGGACCCCGGCGGCGAGGCGAAGCGCCGACCCGCUUCCUCCCGCCCCCCGGUGGCCGGCGGCGCCUCUUAGAAGCGCUCCCCUGGCCGGGCCCUUCCUUCAUGCCCCUUCUCGCCCAGCGCCACUCGUCGGCCAGGAUCGGCUGCCUCGGCGGCGCCCCUCCGCCUGCGCGCUCCCCCCCGGGGGCUGUCCGUGAAGAUGCGCUUGCAAAGGACUCUGCUGCUCCUCUGCCUCCUGAGCUUGGCGGCCGUCAGCCUGGCGCUCUCCUCCUGCACCACGCUCGACCUGGAGCACAUCAAGAAGAAGCGGGUGGAGGCCAUCCGCGGCCAGAUCCUCAGCAAGCUGCGCCUCACCAGCCCCCCGGAGACGGUGGGCCCGAGCCACGUGCCCUACCAGAUCCUCGCUCUGUAUAACAGCACCCGGGAGCUUCUGGAGGAGAUGGAGGAGGAGAAGGAGGAGAGCUGCUCGCAGGACAACACCGAGUCCGAGUACUAUGCCAAGGAGAUCUACAAAUUUGACAUGAUCCAGGGCCUCCCGGAGCACAAUGAGUUGACCUACUGCCCCAAAGGUGUCACUUCCAACGUCUUCCACUUCAACGUGUCUUCAGCCGAAAAGAACGGCACCAAUCUCUUCCGGGCUGAAUUUCGUGUCUUGCGAGUGCCAAACCCCAGUUCCAAACGCACAGAGCAACGCAUUGAGCUCUUCCAGAUUCUGAAGCCUGAUGAGCACAUCGCGAAGCAGCGUUACCUUAGUGGCCGGAAUGUGAUGACCCGAGGCUCCCCCGAGUGGCUGUCCUUUGAUGUCACAGAGACCGUGCGGGAAUGGCUGCUGCGUAGAGAAUCUAACCAGGGACUGGAGAUCAGCAUCCACUGCCCAUGCAAUACCUUCCAGUCGAAUGGUGACAUCUUGGAGACCCUGCCUGAAGUGCUGGAGAUCAAGUUCAAAGGCAUUGACAGCGAGGAUAGCCAUGGGCGUGGGGACUUAGGGAGUCUGAAGAAGCAGAAGGACCUUCAUAAUCCCCACUUGAUUUUGAUGAUGCUGCCCCCACAUAGGCUUGGAAGUCCAGCCAUAAGAAGCCAAAGGAAAAAACGAGCACUAGACACCAACUACUGCUUUCGGAACCUGGAAGAGAACUGCUGUGUGCGCCGUCUCUACAUCGACUUCCGGCAAGACCUGGGCUGGAAAUGGGUUCAUGAGCCCAAGGGGUACUUUGCCAACUUUUGUUCUGGACCAUGCCCAUACCUCCGCAGUGCAGACACAACUCACAGCACGGUGCUUGGCCUGUACAAUACAUUGAAUCCAGAAGCAUCUGCCUCCCCCUGCUGUGUGCCCCAGGAUCUGGAGCCUCUCACCAUCUUGUAUUAUGUUGGAAGGACACCUAAAGUGGAGCAGCUGUCCAAUAUGGUGGUGAAAUCCUGCAAGUGUAGUUGAAAGGGAGUCAAGCACCAUCAGUAGCUGAGGAACUGCGAUGAUUCAUCCUCUGCUCACUGAGCAAAACAAAAUGACGCAGAACUCGUGUUGGGAGGGCCCCUGUGGUCUGGUCCUCUCAGCCUGCAAUCCAGGACAAAUGACCCAUUUUUAUGGCAGGGUUGUUGUUUUUUUU